UCAUGAGAAAAUUUCAAUAGCUGGUAGUGGGCAGGGCUUUAACAUAAAAGUUUUUCCAGUGAUACAAAAUAUAGGAAUUUGGGUUUGUCUAUCAAAAGUCAUUCAAUUUUGGCUAUGAUUGCCUCCUAUUUUCCAAAAUAUGUGGCAAUUUUUGCCCUCUUUGUCCUGAGUGUUGGUGCGCUGGACACUUUCAUUGCUGCAGUGUAUGAGCACGCUGUUAUUUUACCCAAUAGAACAGAAACACCAAUUCCAAGAGAAGAUGCUUUGCUCCUGAUGAACAAGAACAUGGAUGUUUUGGAAAACGCUGUUCAACUGGCAGCCAAGCAGGGCGCACAUAUCAUUGUGACUCCAGAAGAUGGAAUUUAUGGCUGGGACUUUACAAGGGAGACCAUUUACCCCUAUCUUGAGGAUAUCCCAGACCCUAAGGUGAACUGGAUUCCAUGUAAAGACCCCCAGAGGUUUGGCUACACUCCAGUGCAAGAAAGACUCAGCUGCCUGGCCAAGAACAACUCUAUCUAUGUUGUGGCAAAUAUUGGUGACAAGAAGCCAUGCAACAUCAGUGACCUUCAGUGCCCCCCUGAUGGUCGUUACCAAUACAACACUAAUGUGGUGUUUGAUUCUGAGGGGAGGCUGGUGGCACGUUACCAUAAGUACAACCUUUUUGCCCCUGAAAUUCAAUUUGACUUCCCCAAGGAUUCAGAACUUGUGACUUUUGACACUCCCUUUGGGAAGUUUGGCAUUUUCACUUGCUUUGACAUUUUUUCUCAUGACCCAGCUGUGAUGGUGGUAAAUACAUUUCAGAUUGACAGCGUUCUCUUCCCCUCAGCAUGGUACAACUUGCUGCCCCUCCUCUCAGCCGCUCCCUUCCACUCGGCAUGGGCCAGAACCAUGAGGGUCAACCUGCUUGCUGCAAAUACGCAUGACACCAGGAUGCACAUGACAGGGAGUGGAAUCUAUGCCCCGGAAGCAGUCAAGGUCUAUCACUAUGACAUGGAGACAGACAGUGGCCAGCUGAUGCUCUCAGAAUUGAAGUCCCGGCCUCGAAGUGAACCCAGCUACCCAGCAACUGUUGACUGGCGUGCAUACGCCACAGGUGUCAAGCCGUUCUCCUCUGAGCAGUCACAUUUUCCAGGGAUGAUUUAUUUUGAUGAAUUCACCUUCACUGAGCUUAAGAAAAAUGCAGGAAAUUACUCGGUUUGCCAGAAAGACCUGUGCUGUCACUUAACGUACAAGAUGUCUGAGAAGCGCACAGAUGAGGUGUAUGUGCUAGGAGCUUUUGAUGGACUACACACAGUGGAAGGCCAGUAUUACUUACAGAUAUGCACAUUAUUGAAGUGUCAAACCACUGACCUGGGAACCUGUGGGGAGCCUGUGGGGUCAGCUUUUACCAAGUUUGAAGAAUUCUCUCUCAGUGGCACAUUUGGAACAAAUUAUGUUUUCCCACAGAUCGUUCUAAGUGGAAGUCAGCUCACUCCUGAAAGACAUUAUGAGGUUUCAAGAGAUGGACGUCUGAAGAACCGAAGCAGGACCCCUUUGCCUGUCUUAGUUAUGGCCCUGUAUGGAAGAGUGUUUGAGAAAGACCCUCCACGCUUGGGACAAGGACCUGGGAAAUUACAAGGAGCCCCUUCACGGGCACCCUUUCAGGAUUAGCCUGGCAAAGAGGGGACAAAAAAAAAUGAGAGCCCUUCGUGUCUGUUUAAAAGGGAUGUCAUAAUUUACUGAAACAACAAACAAACUAAAGAUUUUAAAAAGCAAUGGAUGUGUGUACAAAUUUUUCCUUUUACUUAUUUGAUAUAGCCUAAACCCAUUUAUGGGUGCUGCAUUCACCAUUCAUGUGCAUUAAGUAUGUGCAAGCUUGCAUAUGUGUAGUGGAACGUAUAUUUAAGUGGAAGGAGGGCCUAGGAAAAUCCUUUUAUGGUAAUAACUGUAAUGUAUGCAAAUGUUGCUACAUUUGUAAGUACACAGGGCAAACUGAAUAUGCAGAGAGUUUAAUUCUUGUCAGUGAAGACACAGCAAGUUAAAAAACAAGGGCAUCUUUUAAAAUAAUUAUGACCAACUUUUUAAGGAAUUAAAAUUGUUCCAUUAUUCUACUCUUUAUUCUACUCUAUGGUCUAUUUGUAUGGAAAUUAGACAGAAAAUAAAUAAAAAACAAAA